AUCUCCUCACUUGCAUGCGGAUCUGUGUGUUAAUCUUGUGUAUAUACCCACCUCCCUCCUGACAGCGAUUGUUUCCCCUGACUGUCCGGAGAACGUGAUGGUAUACGAAGAGGGUGGCCCCGGUAUUGCAGUAUCAGCAAGCUGGCAACCUGCUACUUCGACACUCGGUGAAGAGUUCCCCAUUAGCUACACUCCAGCCAAUCGGUCCUCCUUUUCCUCUUUGGAAACCAUACUGUCACUGCUUAUCUGACUUGUUAUCACACACAACUACAACUGUAACUUCACGGUCACUGUAGUGGCCAUUGUUUCCCCUGACUGUCCGGAGAACGUGAUGGUAGAGGGUGGCCCCGGUAUUGCAGUAUCAGCAAACUGGCAACUUGCUACUUCGACACACGGUAAUGUGUUCCCCAUUCUCUACACUCCGGCCGAUGGGUCCUCCUUUUCUCUUGGAAACCAUACUGUCACUGCUUAUCUGACUGGUUAUCCACACUACAACUGUAACUUCACGGUCACUGUAGUGGCACCAUGUGAAACUAAUACGGCCUACAUCAACCUUGCUGUAGAAAGCAACAUCACUGUAGACUACCAAUACACUAGCGCAUACGCACCAGGGUCAUCAAUUUCCGCAUUUGUGGCAGCUGAUCCCCCAACCAAUUCAUCGUUCUCCAUCGGAGUUACCACUGUGAACGUUACCUAUGGUGGUUUGAGUAAUUACUCCUGCAUCUUUAACGUUAGUGUAAUAGCGAUUGUUUCCCCUGACUGUCCGGAGAACGUGAUGGUAGAGGGUGGCCCCGGUAUUGCAGUACCAGCAAGCUGGCAACCUGCUACUUCGACACACGGUGUAGAGUUCCCCAUUCUCUACACUCGAGCCAGUGGGUCCUCCUUUUCUCUUGGAGACCAUACUGUCACUGUUUAUCUGACUGGUUAUCCAAACAUCAGCUGUAACUUCAGGGUCACUGUAGUGGCACCAUGUAAAACUAAUACGGCCUACAUCGACCUUACUGUAGAAAGCAGCAUCACUGUAGACUACCAAUACACUAGCGCAUACGGACCACGAUCAUUACUUUACACAUAUGUGGAAGCUGAUCCCCUACCCAAUACAUUGUUCAACGUCGGAGUUACACCGGUGAACGUUAUGUACGGUGCUCAGAUCAAUUACUCGUGCAUCUUAAACGUAAAUGUAAUAGCGAUUGUUUCCCCUGACUGUCCGGAGAACGUGAUGGUAGAGGUUGGCCCCGGUAUUAGAACAGCAUCAGUAUCAGCAAACUGGCAACUUGCUACUUCGACACACGGUAAUGUGUUCCCCAUUCUCUACACUCCGGCCGAUGGGUCCUCCUUUUCUCUUGGAAACCAUACUGUCACUGCUUAUCUGACUGGUUAUCCACACUACAACUGUAACUUCACGGUCACUGUAGUGGAGGAUUUGUCACCACCGGUGUUCUCGACGGACUUAGAUGUUUUAACUUUUCACAAUUCCCAAGCACCAAGUUGGGUACUGACUGCCAGUGAUAACUUGGGUGUUGUCACGCUGACAUCAUCACCUAGUCCUGGCUCAUACUUUCCUCUAGGCGAGACCGAGGUGACUGUUACGGCCACCGACAAUGCCAUGUUUACCUCAACCGAAAUAUUUACAGUCCGUGUCGUAUCUGACGGUUCACCACAAACGACAAACUGUCCAGAAGAUCAACUGCACAAGGUCGCACCGUCUGAAGUACCUCGUGCAGUUACCUGGUCAGUGCCAAGUGCCACAGGAUCAGGGACUAUUACAACCACCAGCAACUAUAGUCCGAAUGACAUGUUUAGAGAAGGCACGACCAAAGUCACCUACAAAUUCACAGAUGAUGCUGGCAGGAGUUCCAAAUGCUUUUUUUACAUCAAAAUCACAAUAAAUGCUGACGUAAUAACACCAGACGUCACUUGUCCUGGCGAUGUGACAGUUACGAAGCCCGCAGGGACGGUACUUGCCUCAGUCACCUGGAACGAGCCUGUGUUCAACAACCUUGUAAGUCGUGCUGAUCUCGUUUAUAUACAGCAGUCAAAGCAAUCCGGUUCAAGCUUUACCGAAGGCUCCACUGAGGUGCUGUACUCGGCUCUGGAUGGAAAGUUUAACAGGGCAUUGUACUGCAUGUUUACAGUGACUGUAAAUUUGGUGGAAGACAACGAUAAACCUGUGAUCGUAGGUUGCCCUCAAAACUUCACUCACUGGGUCACUGCUGGACAGACCACGGCACCCGUUUCAUGGGUAGCUCCGGAUAUUACCGACAAUUCUAGCUUCACCGUUCAAGUCUCUCAUGAACCAGGCAGCGAGUUUACAGUCGGAAUGGACACCGUUGUGUCCUACGUUGCUACAGAUGUUGUCAACAACAUGGAAGACUGUACCUUCACCAUAUCUGUCAGAGCGGAUGCUGAUGAUCCGAUGCUUCAAUGUCCAUCCAAUGUCAAUAUUCGUGUGACCCUGGAUAUGACUGACCAAGUUGUAACCUGGCCGACUCCAAAUGCCACUGACAACUCCGGGGGUGUCACUGUCAACUCAAACCCGGAGUCUGGGGCAGCAUUCCAGGCAUCAGUGGCUGGGCAAAAUGACACAGUGACUGUCACGGCUGCCGAUGCUUACGGAAAUUCUGAUACGUGUACCUUCCUCGUAAAUGUCCGUUAUGAUGUUCAACCAGUGCUGACUUGCCCCGAUGUCAGUCAAGAAACAGCACCUGGUCAACGGGAUGCCACAGUUACAUGGCCAGAUGUAGUUAUUACUGAUGACUAUACUAGUGUCUCAGCGCUAGUGAUCACCAAGUCCCACGGGUCAAUGAUUGCCAACAUGCAGUACGAUGCCGACCUGGUAACCGUCACCUUAACAGCUCAAGAUGAGCUGGGUAACAUAGGGAGAUGCACAUUCACUGUUGAUGUUGUAGACACAGAGAAACCAGUGUGGUCAGCGUGUCCCAUGAACGUUACUGAAAUGGCCGAAAUUGGAACUAACUCCAAAGUUGUAUCUUGGGACGACCUUCUGUUAGUGAUAACUCAGGCAAGGAUCCCAUCGAGACUAACAACCCUCCAACCUCUCAGCUCUUCUCAGGGGGUACUUGGCCUGUGGUCUAUACGGCUACUGAUGACUCCGGUAAUACUGGAACAUGCGAGUUCUACGUCACUGUGAUUGUCGACGAUGAUGUGCCAGAAUUCACCAACUGUCCGACGAGUCCAGUGAGAUUUAACUCGGACGCGAACACCAACUCAGCCGUAGUCGACUGGGGUGAUAUCACUGCUACAGAC